AUGAGUCAUGUGGUCGUCGAUAAUCCACACGGUCUAGAUCAGCAGCUUGCUGCUCUAGACUUGAACUCUCCUGACGGACAGGGCGGAGGAGGCAGGCGUUACAUUCCGCCUCAUUUGAGGAACAAAGAUGCUGGUAAAAGUGCAGCAAAUGCUUAUUCCACUGGUAGACAGUGCGGUUUUUCAGUGGCACCCGUAAAUCUCUUUUCUCUUCGGCAGUGCCCACAACAGUGGCAAACUGAAUAUCAGCCAAGAAAGGGAAGUGACUAUCCCCCAGGAUGGGAUGAUUGUUACCCAAGACUGGCCUCUCAGGAGCUUGCCUUUUACCAUGCCUCCACUGGUGGUUGGCCAAACAGAUGUGAUUCUCCUGGAUGGGACGGCGGCCGUACAAACGGAUAUGUGAAUGGAUACAAUGACAACCGCUCAAACGGUAGCUAUGGAGGACGUGGCUCUCAACGCAAUGAUAAAGGUUUUGGCAAUUAUGAAAAUAAAGACGGGGGUUGGGGAGGAGCUUCAAGAGAUGCUCAGAGAGAUGCUGCCUACAGCAGUUUUGGAGGACGCAACAAUGAUCGAUCCAAGUCAAACUUCAGUGAUCGUGGGGGGAGUUCAUCAAGAGGACGAUUUGAGCGUGGAAAUUACUCUGGGGGAUCUGGAGGAAAUCGGUGGGAAGAAACAAGAGAAGAGGACUGGUCUAAACCCACUGCCCGCAAUGAGCGUGUGGAAAAUGAGCUCUUUGCUGGAGGUAAUACUGGCAUCAACUUUGAGAAAUAUGACGACAUUCCUGUGGAGGCUACUGGAAAUGACUGCCCAGAACACAUUGAUAUUUUCAGUGAUGUCGACAUGGGUGAGAUUAUAAUGGGCAACAUCGCUCUCAGUAGUUACACUCGACCCACCCCAGUUCAAAAAUAUGCAAUCCCAAUCAUCAAGGGAAAGAGGGACCUGAUGGCCUGUGCCCAGACAGGCUCUGGUAAGACUGCUGCCUUCUUGUUGCCUGUGUUGAGUCAGAUUUACACAGAUGGCCCUGGAGAGGCCCUUCAAGCAUCCAAAAACGGACAGGAGAAUGGAAGGUAUGGUCGCCGCAAGCAGUAUCCACUUUCUCUGGUCCUUGCUCCUACCAGAGAGUUGGCUUUGCAGAUCUAUGAUGAAGCACGCAAGUUUGCGUAUCGCUCCCGUGUACGUCCUUGUGUCGUAUAUGGUGGUGCAGAUAUUGGUCAACAAAUCAGGGAAUUGGAGAGGGGCUGCCAUCUGCUGGUAGCAACUCCAGGACGGCUGGUCGAUAUGAUGGAGAGGGGGAAGAUUGGCAUGGACUACUGCAACUUCUUGGUCCUGGAUGAGGCUGAUCGCAUGUUGGACAUGGGUUUUGAACCUCAAAUCAGGCGUAUUGUUGAACAGGACACUAUGCCCCCCAAGGGCAUCCGCCAAACUAUGAUGUUCAGCGCCACCUUUCCAAAAGAAAUCCAGAUCCUAGCUCGGGAUUUUCUGGAUGACUAUAUUUUCCUGGCAGUUGGCCGUGUUGGGUCAACUUCAGAAAACAUCACUCAGAAGGUUGUUUGGGUUGAAGAGGGCGACAAGAGGUCCUUCCUCCUUGAUCUUCUAAAUGCUACAGGAAAAGAUUCCUUGACCCUGGUUUUUGUGGAAACAAAGAAAGGGGCUGAUUCCCUGGAAGACUACCUCUACCGUGAGGGUUAUUCUUGCACCAGUAUCCAUGGAGACCGUUCCCAGAAAGACAGAGAGGAGGCGCUGCAUCAGUUCCGUUCUGGACGCUGCCCAAUCCUGGUGGCGACAGCGGUCGCAGCCAGAGGCCUGGACAUCAGUAAUGUGAAGCAUGUGAUAAACUUUGACCUGCCCAGUGACAUUGAGGAAUACGUCCAUCGUAUUGGCCGUACGGGACGUGUGGGCAAUCUGGGUCUGGCCACGUCGUUCUUUAACGACAAAAACAGCAAUAUAACCAAAGAUUUGUUGGACAUCCUGGUCGAAGCAAAGCAGGAGGUGCCAUCCUGGCUCGAGAGCCUGGCAUACGAGCACCAGCACAAGAGCAGUGGGCGUGGACGAUCAAAGAGAUUCUCUGGGGGCUUUGGAGCCAGAGAUUACCGCCAGACGCCCGGUUCAGGAGGCUUCAGCACUAACCGCACAGGACGCAGCGCUGGAGGCCAUGGAGGGAACCGUGGAUUUGGUGGAGGUGGAUUUGGUGGUGGAAACUUCUACAACAAUGACGGCUAUGGAGGAAAUUAUAGCCACUCUGGUAGUGUGGACUGGUGGGGCAACUAG